AUUUUUCCAUAAGGAAAGUUGUUUGGAAAUACAAAUUCCCCUUCUUUUAUUGGAUGAUGAAAGAAAAAAGCCCAAGGUCAAGGUCAACUUUACGUUUGUCACCCAGUGGGUAAAACUGUCACAGGCAGAGGGGCUCAGCUCCACAGAACUCAGUUUGAUUCAGGAGAGCUGGUUGUGUACUGCAGUGGGACACUUGGUUCCAGGCAGGUAGAGACAGCAGAUAAUCAGUUAGCAGCUCCAUCUGCCUUUGAGGACAGCUACUAGUGAACACUGGGAGGCUUGGCUGCUUUUUCAUCACUUCUUCAACAGCCACUCACCUCAGUAUCCAAAAAAGAAAAUUUUGACAUCUCAAUUUUAAUGUGGGCAUUUGAUCCAUGCUUCAGAUAAAUAUAACCCUGUGUAGUACGAAGAAGGUUUAAUGGGAAAUGGUUGGCAUUCUUUCUGGGUAAAGGCAUGAGAGCGAGGGAGGGAAGAACGGGGGAGGGAGAGAGAGAAGGCAAACAGCAGUGGAGACAGAGCAGAGAUAGCAGGGCUCCACGGCAGCCUUGCCUCCCUAACUUGACACUUGCCAGACCUGGCCAGCAUGGUUGUCCUGAACCCGAUGACUUUGGGAAUUUAUCUUCAGCUUUUCUUCCGCUCGGUGUUGUCUCAGCCAACUUUCAUCAACAGCGUCCUCCCAAUCUCGGCAGCCCUUCCUGGCCUGGAUCAGAAGAAGCGUGGCAGCCAGAAGACAUGUUGCCUCCUGACACCCCCUCCACCACCACUCUUCCCACCUCCGUUCUUCAGAGGAGGCCGAAGUCCGACAUGAAGAAUCUCCUCCUGGAACUCGAGACCUCACAGUUCCCAUGCCUGCAAGGCUCACUCGGCUCCCCUGGGCCCCCUGGCCCCCAGGGUCCACCGGGGCUUCCUGGCAAGAUAGGACCAAAGGGAGAAAAGGGAGAACUUGGCCGGCCAGGAAGGAAGGGUAGACCUGGUCCCCCAGGUGUGCCGGGAAUGCCUGGGCCUAUUGGCUGGCCAGGCCCUGAAGGACCCAGGCCCUCUCACACUCUCUCUACGAAAAGAUCAAGUACCACCACUUACAACACCUUAGGUGAAAAAGGUGACCUGGGUAUGAUGGGCUUGCCAGGGCCAAGAGGACCAAUGGGUUCCAAGGGCUACCCCGGAUCCAAAGGAGAAAAGGGAUCCAGAGGUGAAAAGGGAGACUUGGGUCCCAAAGGAGAAAAGGGUUUCCCAGGAUUUCCUGGAAUGUUGGGGCAGAAAGGUGAAAUGGGUCCAAAGGGUGAGCCUGGGAUAGCAGGACACCGAGGACCCACAGGAAGACCAGGAAAACGAGGGAAGCAGGGACAGAAGGGAGAUAGUGGAGUUGUGGGCCCACCUGGCAAGCCUGGGCCUUCUGGCCACCCUGGCCGUCCAGGCCCUCCAGGCCCCCCAGGCCCCCCAUCUGCAGGACAACUUGUAAUGGGACUCAAAGGGGAAAGAGGAUUUCCCGGGCCUCCAGGAAGAUGUCUCUGUGGACCCUCUAUGAAUGUGAAUAACCCUUCCUACAGCGAAUCUGUGUAUGGACCCAGUUCCCCAAGAGUUCCUGUGAUUUUUGUGGUCAGCAACCAGGAGGAGCUUGAGAGGCUGAACACCCAAAACGCCCUUGCCUUCCGCAGAGACCAGAGAUCUUUGUACUUCAAGGACAGUCUUGGUUGGCUCCCCAUCCAGUUGACCCCUUUCUACCCUGCGGAUUACACCACAGACCAGCGUGGCACCUGUGGGGAUGGGGUCCUGCAGCCAGGGGAGGAGUGUGACGACGGGAACCACGAUGUGGGUGACAGCUGCAUCAACUGUCAUCGGGCCUACUGUGGAGACGGCCACCGGCAUGAGGGUGUGGAGGACUGUGAUGGCUCUGACUUUGGCUACCUGACAUGCGAGACCUAUCUACCUGGGUCCUAUGGAGACCUGCAGUGCACCCAGUACUGCUACAUCGACUCCACACCCUGCCGCUACUUCACAUGAGGAUGUAAGGAGCAAGUAGUGUAACUGGCAGCCACUUCCCGCCUUCAUCAAGCUGCCCUUGCAUUUUCCUGGGUCAGUGUCCAUCCACCAACCUUUGUGUGACAAAAAAUGAGGACAAAUUCUUGCUGCUAAAACAUGCUCUUGACAGUCUGACUGGAAGAAUUUAGGACUACUCUAUCCUGUCUUAAUCCAAAGUACCAGAAAACCUUCCACACGCCCACCCUAGGAACUAACUGUUCCCUAUCUACCAUCUGGCCAAAUGUCCUUUUCUUCAGGAAUGUCACUCGCACAGGCCGUGGACUGGCUUUACACUGUUACAGACACAUCUUGAGGGCUGUUUUCAUUUGCUCCAGUCUCACCAGAAAGUCUGGGGUAUAGACUUCUCUGCCCGAGGAACCUCCAGACACGGCCAUUCUCACCAGAGCAGCUCGCUCUCAGGGCUCUCCGGGCCUGAAGACCACAAAGCAGGGAAGUGGACACAUUCUUCAGCAUGCCUUACAGCUCCGGACCUGCUGAGGGACUUCAACUGGCCAGAGCCCUGCCAAGCCUCAUGUGGAUGCCGCUCCCCCAGGAAGAGACCCAACUGUGAAAAGUACUGAGAAAGCCACAAGACCCACGCUCACCCAGGUAGAGGAUGGAGGCACUGCUGGCAUGCAUGCCGUGUGAACAAUGGCAGAGCAGUGGCCACCCUCUCUUGACACUUAGCAAAGGGACAACUCUUGUAGUUUCCAAAACCCUGGCACCAUCUUGACUUUACCGCUCUCUGUGCACUUUGACCGCUGUCUGGCAAGGUCAAAGUCUCACUGUGACCUCACGCCCACUUCCUGUUCAGAGGACUCACUCCACAAGCCCACACCAGGUGGGCAUGGGUGUCUCCUUGUCCUUAGGGAGAUGCGGUCUGGUUUUCACCGUUCAGGGCCCCACUGCUGAGCAUAUUCUCACAGAGACUGUUUCUGUCCUGAGCCCCAUCUCCUUGCUACUUGCUGACUCCUGCCAGUGCCCUGUGACCCCUCUGUGUCUGUGUCUUACACACCCUUGUCCUCACAGCUGUGUGCCUGAGCUCUUCCCUUUCCUACAAAUCAUUAGUCUUGCACGUCUGUGAGCUGCCUUCCAUCACUGCCUUUCCUGACUGAGGCUUGGCUUUAUUUUGGAAUGACAUCUCCAGGAUUUUCCCACUCUUUACCAGAUGGGGGACCUCCACCCCACUCCUGGCUUUGUACAAAGCUAUCCAAUGAGCCUGAGUCUUGGGGACUCAGCAGGCAGAAGCUUCUGGUGCAGUGGCCCAUCUAGGGUGACCUGCAGGUGAACCUUGUCUCUCAGAGGUCACAUCAGCCUAAGGGUGGUGUCUUGAGAGGUAGGUCCAUUGGUCAAACAGUUCCCUUGGCCUCUGGGCAACAUCCUGGGGAGAUGAUGCUUCCAUGCCACUUCCACCACCCUGCUGGGACUUCUGCAUGGGAAUCAAGAAAUAAAGGCAGUUCCUCACUGGCUGUCUCUUCUUUGGGGACUUGGGGCCAGUAGUUCAGUGUUGCUGGACAGAGAGGAGACUGAAUUCAGUUCUGCUUCCUAGGUUCUAGAAUGUGAAAGCAUUCCAACUCCCUCAGGAACAAAGGAAGGAAGGGAGAUAAAGAGAGAUACUUGCCCAGUCUUGCUAGCCUAGUCCUUCCCCUAACCUGGUGUUAAGACCUUGUUUAGUUUGGGAUGGAGAUCUCUUAGUACCCUUAGACAUGGCCAAGAGGAGCCCACACCUUGAGGGGCAACACUCUGGUCCUCCUUGGGCCUGACCCUCCCCAAGGCUGAGCAGUCUGGGGCCAAGGUGAAACGCCUCCUGGGUUUGCACACCUCUCUCUUAGAGCAUAACUCCAGGUCCCCAGAAAACCAGUUCCCCAGCCAAGAUGUCCUGAGACUGCUUCCAAGGCCCACACAGCCCUCUUCCCCAUGUCUGUCCUCGUGAGUGUAACCUGCGUGCAUCUCUGAGCCUGAGGGGCAACCAGAGAAACACUGUCUAAGCAAUACAGGAGGAGCUCGGACAUAGCACAGGCACACAUGAGGCCCCUCCCUGUGUGGGAUGAGCCCAGGGGUUAAAAAAAGAAAUGGGUCUGCUGCCACAGGGGAUCUAAAUCUUUGUGGGAUCUAAAUAUGUCCUUACAGAUGCCUGGCCCUCUGGUCUGUAUGAAAGUGUAUUUGUCGAGAUAAGUAAAUAGAUCCUAUUUAAAGAA